AUGGCGGACUCAGUAGCGACUGGCCUUGCCGACGAAAAUGAGACCGAAAAUGAGGAUAAAGAGAGGGAGAAACGACUCUUCAGAAAGACGAAGGAACAAGCUGCAUCAGACCUCACAGAAACUCUGGGAUUUUACGAGAGGAAGGCGAAAUACAAAGAGAGAAAGAGCAAUGUGUCAGAUCUCUCUCUGGUGAGGUUUAUCAGUGCUGAGUUGACUAGAGGAUAUUUUCUGGAACACAAUGAGGCCAAAUACACCGAGCGGAGAGAGAAGGUCUACACCUGCCUGCGUAUCCCGAAAGAACUGGAGAAGCUGAUGAUGUUUGGGUUUUUCCUGUGUCUGGAUGUGUUUCUGUACGUGUUCACUCUGCUGCCUCUCAGAGUGUUGCUAGCCUUGGUCCGACUGCUGACACUGCCCUGCUGUGGCCUCAGGGCUAGUAUAUGCCCCUACUGCAAAAAGAGCAGUGGAUCUCGUAUCUUGCAGCCCGCUCAGGUGUGUGAUGUUCUGAAGGGUGUCAUUAUGAUCCUGUGUUAUUUCAUGAUGCAUUAUGUGGAUUAUUCCAUGAUGUACCACAUGAUCCGGGGUCAGUCUGUCAUAAAACUCUACAUCAUCUACAACAUGCUGGAGGUGGCAGAUCGCUUGUUUUCAUCUUUCGGUCAGGAUAUUCUGGAUGCUUUGUACUGGACUGCCACUGAACCGAAAGAGAGGAAGAGAGCUCAUAUAGGAGUCAUCCCACAUUUCUUCAUGGCUGUUCUCUACGUCUUUAUGCAUGCCAUUCUGAUUAUGGUUCAGGCCACCACACUGAACGUGGCUUUCAAUUCACAUAACAAGUCGCUGCUUACCAUCAUGAUGUCUAAUAAUUUUGUUGAGAUCAAAGGAAGCGUAUUCAAGAAAUUUGAGAAAAACAACCUCUUCCAGAUGUCUAAUAGCGACAUUAAAGAAAGAUUUACAAACUACAUACUCUUACUAAUCGUCUGUCUCAGAAACAUGGAGCAGUUCUCCUGGAACCCAGAUCAUCUAUGGGUGUUGUUUCCUGAUGUUUGUAUGGUGAUCGCUUCAGAAAUUGCAGUGGACGUUGUCAAACAUGCCUUCAUCACCAAGUUUAACGACAUCACGGCAGAUGUCUACAGUGAAUACAGAGCAAGCUUGGCAUUUGAUCUGGUCAGCAGCAGACAGAAGAAUGCAUACACAGACUACAGUGACAGUGUGUCUAGGAGGAUGGGCUUCAUUCCUCUUCCUCUUGCACUAGUGUUGAUCCGAGUGGUGACCAGCUCUGUGAAGAUCCAGGGAUCUCUGUCCAUUGUGUGUGUUGUGCUCUUCUACCUGGGUAUGAUCACCCUGAAGGUGCUGAACAGUAUUGUUUUGUUGGGGAAAUCCUGUAAGUACGUGAAAGAGGCCAAUAUGGAGGAGAAGCUGUUCCAGAAUCCUCCCUCUGCAGCUCCCAGCAGAGCGUCAAGCAGAGCCCAUAGAACCAAACACACACGAGAACCAGCAGGUGAUCCAGAGGAGGAGGGCUUGUCUGCAUCAGUCACCACUCAGCCCAGCCGAAGUGACGAAUGCCCCGCCCCUCAGCUCCCCACCAGCCAAUCAGAUCAGUUCCUCACUACACCAGAUGAAUCAGAAGAGAAAAGCCUUAUUCAGGACGAUACCGAACUUAAACACAGGGCGCCUAAUAAAGACUUACUGGAGAUUGAUCGCUUUACUAUCUGCGGGAACCGUAUCGACUGAGGUUGAUGCGUGUGAGAGUGACGCCAGGUUUGCACUGAAUGCCCGUCCUCUCUGCUAGCUGGAUUUGUUUGACAUUUGAGCUCGUUGGAUUGGGACAGCGAGAAACUGCAGGAUAUUUAUUAACAAGUGAUGCACCUAAUUUAUUUAAGACUUCAACACAGACGGUCACACACAGUUUUACCCAUCUGGAAUCCACCGGGUGAUGUUUUCAAGAGGUUGGAGGUCAGCGGGGGACGGCGGGGUGUAUCUUGGUCUGAUGGUCGCUGUGCUUACCUUAGGAAGCUUUGAAUGAGAAAAGGGAUGGAUUACAUUCCCAAAUCACAGAUUCUGGAGAUUUCAUACAUAUGUGUGGAACUAAAUAGGAUGCAAAUAAUCCAAAAAUGUAAUAUGCAGUGCUCCAAAACAAUUGACAGAAAUGCUUAAGUUUAGUUUUUCACUAUUUGCACGCUACAAUUCUCCAAUUCCCUCAAAGACUUUUAGUUUGAAAGAUAACCAUGUUCAUUUUUGCUCAGUCCUGAAAUGUAACUACAGAUGUGUUUUGCUAAUUGUUUCAUUUUUUUAUAUCUUUGAGACAGCAGGCUAAAAUACCAUAUCACGUUUGUUUAGUUAUUUAUGUUUUCAAGACAGUUGCUCAUCUAUGACUAAAUUUCAGUUUAAAGACAGGGUUACCAAUUACAAUUUAUCAUUUUAUUUUAUUUUUUGCAUCAUUUGAGGAUAUGACCUUUUAAAAGGCCAUUGUGAAACGCAUGCCUUUGAAUUUUGGAUUGAUUAAAACGCUGCAUCUAAAUGAAAGGAUCAUUAAUUAAUGCAAGAUAUUCGCAUGGAAUCUAAAAUGAAGGAACGAAAUAUUUGGAAGUCAGUUUGUCCCCCGCAAGCAUUUGUACAGAGAGUAGAGUAUCAGAUGAAUU